AUGUCGACGUGGCUGUCGGCGUCGGUGGUGCUGCCCUACCUCGAGGCGUACUUCCGCAUCGACGAGGACGACGCGCCGCUGCUGACUAUUUCUGUCCAGCUGGGCUUCGUCGUCUGCGCCGUCGCGCAGGCCAUCGUGCAGCUCCCGGACCGGUGCAACUGCCGGCGGCUCAUGUGCGCCGGCGGCCUCGUCGCGUGCGUCGCGAACCUGGCCAUGCUCGCGUGCCGCGCGUUCUGGCACGCGCUCGUCGCCCGGUUCUUCACGGGCGUGGCCAUGGCGCUCAUCUACCCGCCGUCGACGAAGGUCCUGGCGACGUGGUUCGCCGCGCGGCGCGGCUUCGCGAUGAGCUUUUUGGUCGGCGCGAUCUCGCCGGGCUCGGCGCUGCCGAACCUCGUCAAGGCCAUGCCCGGGGGCGCGGGCCUCUGGGAGAGCCGGCGCGGCUUCGUGCUGCUGACCGUCGUCACGACGGGGCUGACCCUCGUCGGCGCGGUCAUGCCCGUCGCGCUCCUCGGCGACGGGCCGUUCCCGUUCCCCGCGUCCACGAAGUUCAGGGCGUCCAACCUCCUGAAGAUCGCGCGCAACGGCCCGGGCAUGCUCGUCAUCGCCGCCUACUGCGGCCACAACUGGGAGCUCUACGGCGCGUGGUCGUCGAUCCCGAGCUUCUUCGCCGCGGGCGUCUUCGGCGCGCGCGCGGCCGCGGUCCUCGCCUUCCUCGCCAUCACCAUGGGCGGCGUCGCGGCCGUCGUCCUCGGCCAGUGCGGCGACGCCUACGGCCGCGCGAAGUUCUGCGUCGCCUGCUCCCUCGUCUCCUGCGCGUGCGACGUCGCCGUCGGCCUCUGCGGCGCCGCGGCGCCCAAGGCCGCGACGGCCGCCUUGGUGCUCGUCUGGGGCUUCUUCCUCGUCCCCGACUCGCCGCAGUACUCCACGCUCAUCACGGAGCUCUUCGAGCCCGAGCUCGUCGGCACGGCGCUCGUGCUCACCCAGGCCCUCGGCUACGUCUGCACGAUGCCGUCCAUCUACCUCAUCCCGAAGCUCGCGGAGGUGCCGGGCGUCCGGUGGCGCUGGACCUUCGCGUCCCUCGCGCCGGGCGCCGCCCUCGCGGUCGCCUGCAUGCUCCGGCUCGACGCGAGCCAGCGGCGCGAAGGCCGGAUGGCGCUGUCGACCCAGGAGGCAGCGUAA